AUGUGCGACAUUUCAGUUCGAGAAUACAUCCGUUGGUUGCCAGAUGAGCCAAGUGAGCCCACCUCAACCAUUGUGUUGACGACGCCCGAGCGACGGUUCGUCGAUAUCCGCGUCUUGAAGGAUACUACUACUAGUAGUAGUAACGACGCAAGUGGUGAUGCCAUGUUCCCGGUGUCCCGGCUCGACUGGGCCAUCGCCGGCACAUCCGAAUCGUCUUUGAUUAUGAACGGCACAAGGCACGGCCGCUGGCACCACUGGAUUGAUUCACGCUCGAAGAGCACCGAGGGGCUUAUGGACGAAGGCGAUAUGUUUGACCAUCCUUCUGACCCCACCCUGACCCUGGAAAGGGGGAGGAUGGUAAACCCGCUCACGGGCGCCGAGACGGACUACGAGGAGAUGUGGCGGUCGGAGCCGAUCGAGUCAACAACCGCCCCCUCUGGCCCCGACCGCACGAGCGUUACUUGCCUUGCGCUGCAAUGGCAGGGCGCGGAGGAUGGCGAUCCCCCGGGGAAGGUGAGAAGGGGAUUGGUCGUCCGUCUGGGCCAGUACUGCCAGGCGUUUGCGAGGGAUGGCGAUGAGAUCACGGUCGAGAGGCUGAAGUGGGAUGUGCGGCAGCAGAUGUGGGCUAGACAAGUCCGGAUAGGCAAGCAGGAGCUACCCCUCGAGGUCGCAACCUACUUUGCGCCUGCGGCCAGCAUCGAUGACGAGGUGAAGGUUGGCGGGGCGAUAUGGAAGGUCGUCGAGAGGGCAUGA